AAUGGAGUUAAUCCUGACUGGGAGAAGAAAGUAAUUGAAUAUUUUAAGGAAAAGCUGAAGGAAAAUAAUGCUCCUAAGUGGGUACCGUCACUGAAUGAAGUUCCUCUUCAUUAUUUGAAACCUAACAGUUUUGUGAAAUUUCGUUGCAUGAUUCAGGAUAUGUUUGACCCUGAGUUUUACAUGGGAGUUUAUGAAACGGUUAACCAAAACACAAAAGCACGUGUUCUUCAUUUUGGAAAAUAUAGAGAUGUUGCAGAGUGUGGGCCUCAACAGGAACUUGAUUUAAACUCACCACGAACUACCACUUUGGAAAGACAGACUUUCUAUUGUGUUCCAGUGCCUGGGGAAUCUACAUGGGUAAAAGAAGCCUAUGUUAAUGCAAACCAAGCUCGAGUCAGUCCUUCAACAUCCUAUACUCCCAGUCGUCACAAAAGGAGUUAUGAAGAUGAUGAAGAUAUGGACCUACAGCCCAAUAAACAGAAGGACCAAUAUGCAGGUGCCAGACAAGCAGGGAGUGUUGGUGGUCUUCAAUGGUGUGGAGAGCCAAAACGUUUAGAAACUGAAGCUUCUGCUGGACAACAGCUGAACUCCCUGAACCUCUCUUCUCCUUUUGAUCUGAAUUUUCCAUUGCCAGGAGAGAAGGGACCUGCAUGCCUUGUGAAGGUCUAUGAAGAUUGGGAUUGUUUCAAAGUAAAUGACAUUCUUGAGCUAUAUGGCAUACUAUCUGUGGAUCCUGUGUUAAGUAUACUGAAUAAUGAUGAAAGGGAUGCCUCAGCACUGCUAGAUCCAAUGGAGUGUGCAGACACAACCGAAGAGCAGAGAGUACACAGUCCUCCUGCUUCAUUAGUGCCGAGAAUUCAUGUGAUUUUAGUCCAGAAGUUGCAGCACAUCAACCCAUUAUUGCCUGCCUGCCUUAACAAAGAAGAGAGCAAAACCUGUAAGUUUAAGUUUGUCUCAAGUUUCAUGUCUGAAUUGUCUCCGGUCAGAGCAGAGCUGCUUGGGUUCCUCACUCAUGCCCUUUUGGGGGAUAGUUUGGCUGCUGAAUACCUUAUAUUACAUCUCAUCUCUACAGUAUAUACAAGAAGAGAUGUUCUUCCACUAGGAAAAUUUACAGUUAACCUGAGUGGUUGCCCACGGAGCAGUACUUUUACAGAACACUUAUAUCGAAUUAUUCAACAUCUCGUUCCAGCGUCUUUUCGUCUACAGAUGACCAUAGAGAACAUGAACUGUUUGAAAUUCAUUCCCCACAAAGACUACACAGCCAACCGCUUAGUCAGUGGACUCCUCCAGUUGCCCAACAAUACUUCUCUUGUAAUUGAUGAGACGCUUCUGGAGCAAGGGCAGCUGGAUACUCCAGGAGUUCAUAAUGUGACUGCCCUGAGCAACCUGAUAACUUGGCAGAAGGUGGAUUAUGACUUCAGUUACCACCAGAUGGAAUUUCCCUGCAAUAUUAAUGUUUUUAUUACUUCGGAGGGGAGGUCACUCCUCCCGGCAGACUGUCAGAUUCACUUGCAACCCCAGCUAAUCCCACCAAACAUGGAGGAGUACAUGAACAGCCUUCUCUCAGCAGUGUUGCCGUCUGUGCUGAACAAAUUCCGCAUUUAUCUAACCCUUUUGAGAUUCCUGGAUUAUAGCAUAUCUGAUGAAAUAACCAAGGCAGUUGAAGAAGACUUUGUGGAAAUGCGUAAAAAUGACCCUCACAGCAUCACUGCUGAUGAUCUCCACCAGCUGCUUGUGGUAGCUCGGUGUCUGUCUCUCAGUGCUGGUCAGACAACGCUGUCCAGAGAACGAUGGCUAAGAGCAAAGCAGCUCGAGUCCUUAAGAAGAACCAGGCUUCAACAGCAAAAAUGUGUGAAUGGAAAUGAACUUUAAACAUCUGUUACUUAUGAAGAGGAAUGGGCAAAUUCUAGCCACAUCAUUGUAAAUUCAAGUAUCAUUUAUACCACAUGGUUUUAUAGAUAAUUUGUAUCACAAGCCAAUGACUUUUCCUGAAAUCAAGCCUGGUAACAUCUGAAGUUUAUAUGAUAAUCAGUAAGGGCUUUUACCUUACUGACUUUUGAAGCUUUUGAAGUUUGUUUUAUAAUUAUAUAAAUUAGUAAUGAUGUAAAAGAUGUCUUUGAUAUUAAAAGUUUAAUAUUGAUAAUGUUGCCAAUUACACCACUUCCUUAGCUUCAGAUAAGUCAUAGGCCGACUCUGUUGAAAUGCUGAUGCUAACUUCAGGUGAAGAAAACUGUUGCGAUUUCAAAGCUAGAGGAACUGUACUCUUAAGAUUUCUAAGACUUUCCAGUUGAGGUGGGGCUGAGUGUGUUCAGCAGUCCCGAGUUUGGGGAACGGGGCUUACCUGCCAUUGAGUCACAUGACUGUGAAGUUCUGACCAUCAUUUCCUAGACAUUUGGCCACAGAAACCUUUUCCCACGUAGUGUUUGCUAACAGGCUACAAAACCAGCCUUUUCCACAGCACCGGCUCUCCCAGAAUUGAAUCAUGGACCAGUAGUAGUAUUUCCAAGAACUGGGGGACUAGAGUUGCCAAGUUAUUUUGCCAAGUAGCCUGAAAUAAAUCACUGUGUAUUGUUACCAUUUUUUUUCCAUAAAAGGGACAAUCUUGGAAUAAGAGAGAGUCCUUUAAAUGGAAUAAAUGUAGCUUUUUUGGGAGCGAACCCUACAACAUUGUCUUCUUUCUCAUUACAUCCCAGCGCGUUUGGAAACCACACUAAGAGGAUGCUCCCCUACAAAGUACUGCCCACAUGUGAAAAAAGCAAAAUAGUAAACUUUGAAAAAAUGCCCUCUUUAGAAAGAUUUUCUUAAUAAAUGUGUCAUUUAGUUGCUUUGAUAAUUGUUUUGGAUUUUUGGCUUUUUAUGAGUUCAUCAGUUAGUUCCACAUGUUAGAUCAGCUAACAGUAUCUGCUACUCCAGUAAUGGGCCUAAUACUACUACAGGUCCACUUCCCCCAGACCAACUAGUUUUAACAGAAAUUUUUAAAGGAACAAAAAUAUCAGAGAGCCAAUUAAUAUACUAUAGUAGCAUACCUGGCAACAAGAAUCUUCAGAAAGGUUAGAACAUUACUUUUUAAAGCUAUCAGUGGUAUAUAUAAAGAUCAGUUUCUUUUGGAAGUAACUUACCUAGUUGGAAACAAGAUCAGUUAAAUAACCCCUUAAAUGUUUUCCUGUAAGGCCUAAAUUGACAUUGUUAACAAGGGAAACAGGGUCAGCCUUAAAAAUCAAGGAAUUCAUUAUGCCUAAUGAACUGAAGUAAAAGUUACUAGUUGUUCAACAUUAACUUUUCCUACACUCGAAUCUAUUUUUAUAAACUAAUGUAAAUAAUAUUUAUAUUAGAAUUCUAACUGGUUUUCAUUUUUAUAACUAGUAGAAUAGACCUUCCUUAAGACUUUUAGAAACAAAACAAAGGCUCAAGUGGAUUUCUGAGAAUAAAAUUCGUUAUAAUUGUCCUAGGACAAAGUAGAUUAGUUGCCAUGCGUUUAUUGUGCCAACGUAAAUUGUAAUUUACCAAAGAGAAUACAUAAUUUGCUUGGUCUUGUAGAAAAGUUCCCUUGAAAGAACUCUUUCCAAUAAAUAAAACUUCCCAAAUUACCGGUA